GUCUGAAUUGACAGCACAACCUUAAUUGUGUCUAUGACGAGGGAACCGUCACGUCAAACCAUUAAGACUGAGAUGGGGUGACACGAGCAAUAUUGAUCCCUUCAGGAUAGAUGGCCUCUGAAGAUAUAAAACUGAAGAUCCUGGCUGGGGAGAGAGUAUACUGGAGACUGUGGAGACUGAAGUCACCCGCUAACCUCUCAACAUGUUGUCACUGGCACUGCUCUACAUUCUGGCUGUGGUUUGCUCUGAGCGAAGAACUCAUGCACUGCCUCUUUAUUCAGACGCGGCGCUGCCACAACAAGAAGAACUGAUUCAAAAACUGGUGGCAGAGGUCGAGGACAGACAGAAUAAUGACUUAACGGAGCAAAGGGACAUUAAAACUGUGCUUCCCGUCCUGCUCCAGAGAGGUGCAAAAGAGACUUUGCAAGAAGACAAAAUAAAUAACAUGGUGGAUGAUUUAAAAGCAGUUGUCUUGAAACUGGCAGCAGCUGAUAACCUGCGUUCUCAAGGCUAUCUACGAUCUGAGCAAAACUUACCCAAAAACAAUAAAAGAGGUGAGCAGUUCUCUUAUAUGUGGUGCAAAAAAUUCUUUUAAUGACUGUUUUAAUUUACAAUACAAUUAUUUAAUGCAGACAGAAAAUGUCAACAUAAUGGCUUUAUAUUUUUCUUGUAUUGCAUUACUAAAUCUAAUUUUUGUCCUUCCUUUUACAGCCUGUUUUUGGAAGUAUUGUGUUACAAACUAGGAAUUAAUCUGCUGAGAUGGACAGAGGACCAGCAUAGCACACCUUAUGUACAAACACCUAAACAUGUAUGCAUUUGUUUUCCCCCAUAACAUCCACCCGGCUGCCGUUUGACAUUGUGAAUAUUGUUUUAUAUAUAUAUAUAGUAAUCUAACAGGAUUAUGAAUGUAUUUUUUAUCAUGAAUGAAACUGACCUAGAGACUGUAAAAUAAAAAAUAUAGUCUGGGUAAAACAGAUGAGUUGUAAGAUGUAUGUUUUUAAACCCAUCUUUCAUCCAAUCAGUGUGUGACGUGUAUGAUAUUAACUUUAUUUUAAUCUCUUUCUUAAACAUCUAACAGUGGUGUCUGUGUGACUCAAACAUCCAUCACAAUAACCCUUAAUACAAAACAACCAUUACUACCUCAUGACUCACUGACUCCAGUUCUGCGCGUG